UUCAAACUUGGUCUUUUCUCUGAAGUGUAGGAACGAGGACAUGGACUUUUAUAUUCAUGCUGCAACGAUUCUUGAUGAUUUAAGUCAAAAAAAAGGUUCUAUUAAGCAGCUUGUUUUUAAUUCAAAAAAGCACGAUCCUAAACGGACGUAUGCGCUAGUCUGCGAGACUUUAAAAUAUAAACAUGUUUUGGACGAGGUCAUUCAAUGUUCAAAGCUAUUGGAUUUAGAGAAGAAGAUAAAAAAGAACCUUGCAAGAGUUUUAGUUCAUGAUUUGUUAAUGUCGAAACGUGGAAUUAGUGCAUCGACGGGUUCAAUAAAAGAAGCAAUUCUGCGACAUAAAACUCGCUUGAAUGCUGAAUUUGUAAAGCUAAAAAUUCGCAAUAAAGUAAAGUCGCAUGAAGAAUUGGCAUUAAAGAACCCAGUUACGCUUCCUCGUUGGAUUCGGAUAAACACAAUUAAAGCGACAAAAGAAGAAGUACUCAAGCAAUUGGCACUGACCCGAGUAUCUUCGCUGAAAGAAGUAGGACCAGGAACAUAUUAUAUGGAUGAAAUUAUAGAUAACUUAAUUGCACUUGAUGGUGAAACUUCCUUGGUCAAUGAAAGUUGUUACCAGGAGGGAAAAGUUAUCAUUCAAGACAAAGCUUCAUGUAUCCCUGCAGCGAUUCUCGGGAAUCAGCGACAGACAAAGGUAGGAGACAUAAUUGACGGAUGUGCAGCACCCGGUAAUAAAACCACUCAUUUGGCAGCUUUAUUUCCCAACGCAAAAAUAUUCGCCUUCGAGAGAAAUAGUCAACGAGUGCAAACGCUUCAGAAAAUGGUAGAGAUUUCUGGAGCUCAGAACGUCGAAAUUUUACACCAAGAUUUCACUCAAAGUGAUAUAAUGGAUCCUAAGUUUGCGAAUGUCACCCAUAUUCUGCUAGACCCGUCAUGCUCCGGGUCGGGAAUUGUAAGUCGUCAAGACUUUUUACUUGAAGAAUCUGAGCAAGAUCUGGUGGAAGAUGUUAAUCGACUCGAGAGCCUGUGUAGCUUCCAAUCUACCAUUUUGAAGCAUGCAUUGCAGUUCCCUAAAUGUCAAUAUGUAACAUAUUCAACAUGUUCUGUACACCGACUUGAAAAUGAGCAAGUCGUUUGUGAUGUUUUGUCUCAAGAGCCCCAAUGGAAAUGCAACACUAUAGAAAACACGUUGCCCCAAUGGGAGGACCGUGGUAUACCAGAGUAUUGCACGGAUCCUAUGAUGGCUAAAGCAAUGAUUCGUUGCGUCCCUGGGAAAUUUGGAACGAUUGGUUUUUUUGUUUGUAAUUUGUAUCAUUCGGGACGGGUAGGUAAUUUGCUUGGUAACGGCACCUCAAAUGCACUAGAAAGCAACGCAAAACGGAAAAGGAAGAAUCAGAAAAAGAAGAACUAUAAGAAAAUGAAAGAACGAAAGCUGGGAACAGCUAUGGAUUCCACCGGUCAUAUUUCCGAAUCGAAAACAUAGGUCUUUUCUCAGUCUGGUACCUUGGAAAAUGAUAUAUAUGGGGUUUGACUAUUAGAAACUAAAAGAUUUCAAGCGCACGAAAAAGAAAAUGUAUGGGUUAGAAAACGUAACAUCUGGAUAAACUAGUGUUUUACUUGAGUUUUCUAAUGUUAUUUUUGGAAGAGGUCGAAAAGUUUACGAUUAAAGAGUUUAAAAAACACUGUCAUGUAAACAAAUGAAACCUUCCUAUCCUACCAGUUCUGCAAAUUACAUUGAGUAAGCAUCAUAGGAAUGUAUAGUACUACGAAAUAAUG